AUGAUGCUCUUUAAGGCCUUCUUUUGUCUUGCAUUGACUGCCCUAGGCUCGUAUGCUCUCGAGUCUACUCUCGAUCCACAAGAGAACUUUCCUGAACCUGUCUUUUACUUCAACCUUACACUUGAGGAAUUCCGGACCAUUCAAGGCCAGCACCUGAACCUCGCGAAACGCACGUACCAAAACAGUGAGCUAGACCAACAGUGCAUCAUUCGAGACGGAGCCCUGUACAGAUGGGCCAGCGGAAACUGUAUUAGAGCAAAUGAUCGGGUAAGAAGGUGGGUCUGUCGAGAUAUAGCGCUUGGCCGUCGUGACGAUGAACCACAGCAUUCGCAGGUUUGCCCAAUGGGUACGCACUGCGCAACCGUUCAGAAAACGAAUUAUUUCGGCGCGACCAAUAGCUACCCGAUAUGCGAGGAGGGGAAAACACUUGAAGUCAAUAACCGCCUUCAAGGCACGGACCCACUUGUUGUGUAUGAUGCGGAAGUCAAGAUCGACAAAACAAUUGUGGAAAUGGGAAAUAUGAACUUUGAUACCUUUCAACUUAUGGCAUCGCCAGGCCAGCAUCUCACCGCCGAAUUGAAUUACGGGACGAGAUACCAGAAUCAGUUGGUGAUUCCUUUUACUUCAUGGGCCUGCAUUCAUUGCGUCCGACUAGGUGCGACACUUAAAGUGUUCCACAAAAACAAUCCAACCAGAGCAUAUCUUCGUUUGACUAGAUGA